CUGAGGCCCCAGGUCGGCGAGGUCGGUUAGUGCUUCUGAAACCCUGGCUGUCGCUCGUCUCACUCAAUUCCCAUCUCCAUUUUCCCAUCUCUUCUGUCUUCCAUCCGCUUUUUGCAUUUCGCGUCGUUUGUUGCAAGCAUGUAUUCGUCUUCCAAUUCGUUUUUGGGCGGCACAAAUUCUGCUCGCCCUGGUCCUGCGCCUGGAGGCUUCGGACCGCAGCAAUCGUUCGGUUCGUUCAAUCAAGCUCCUCCGCAACAGCAGUCGCCCUUUGCUCCCCAGCCCACCGGCUUCCCCGGGCAGUUACAAGCUCAACAGACAGGCUUUCCUGGUUACCAGCAGCCGCAGCAGGGUUUUCAGGCUCCUGCGCAGCAGCCUCAGUUUACGGGCUAUCCGCCGCAGAAUCAACCUCAGCAGCCCCAGUUUCAACAGCCUCCUCCACAGGCACCAGCUUUCCAGCAACAGCCAUCCUUUCAAGCUGCUCCUCCAGCUCCUCCACAGCAGCCGCCUGCCGCUGCUCCGCUCCGUCCUCAACAGACUUCGGCUCAGAUCGCAGCCUCCUUCACCCAAGGCUCGACCAGCGCACCCGCGGCAAAGAGGAGGCAGAGCAAGAGCUCCAGCAGAAUCCCAAACAUUCGGUUGUCUUUCAUCACUGCUACAGAUCAAGCAAAAUUUGAGCAGUUGUUCAAGUCUGCCGCGGGAGAAGGCCAAGCAUUGAGUGGAGAGAAGGCCAAAGAUCUGCUUCUGAGGUCCAAACUACCGGGCAGUGCCUUAUCGCAGAUAUGGGUUCUCUCAGAUACUACAAAAUCAGGCCAGCUCCUUUUCCCAGAGUUUGCUCUGGCCAUGUAUCUGUGCAAUCUGAGAUUGACUGGAAAGGAGCUGCCUGGUGUCCUUCCGGAGAAGAUCAAGAACGAAGUGUCAAGCAUGGUCGAUAUCAUCUCGUUUGGAGUACCAGAUGAGAAGCCUUUGCCGCCGACGCGGUCGAAUGUGCCCGACUUUGAUGCUCCGCUCAGGCAGAAUGCCGUUUCUCCUCCAGCGCCUCAGCAGCCAACCCCGCAGCAGCCCUCAAACCAACAGCUUUUGACACAGCUCACUUCUCAGCCGACGGGGUUCUACAAUCAGGCCACUGGGUUCCAGCCCGGGCUCCAGUCACAACCCACUGGCUUUCCAGGGCUAUCACAGGGACUGCAGGCCCAGGCCACGGGUUUUGUAAAUCCCGCUCAGCCUGCUGGUUUUGGCGGCGCUCGGCCUUCAAUGCCACUCAUGCCCACGGGUGGCUUCGGUUCUAAUGUUUCCCCGCAACAGACAGGCCCUCUUCAAGCCCAGCCGACUGGGCUUCCUGGUCAAUGGGGCUUCGUCAAUACCCCUGCCGGCGGUCUACCCAAUAUCGAAGCUCUUCAACAGCGUCUGAUGCCCCAAUCUGGUCGCGAAGCCGGCGGCUACACAACGCAAGGACUGUCUGGCACCGCUAAGAUCCCUUGGGCGGUCACCAAGGACGAGAAAAGGAUUUAUGAUCAGCUAUUCCGAGCCUGGGACGGCCUCGGCAGAGGUUUCAUCGCCGGAGAGACGGCAAUCGAGAUUAUGGGCCAGAGUGGCCUGGAGAGAUCUGACCUGGAAUCCAUUUGGACAUUGUCUGACCCCAACAACAAGGGUCGGCUGAACAUGGACGAGUUCGCUGUGGCGAUGCACCUUAUCUACCGGAAGCUGAAUGGAUACCCGAUCCCUGCCCGACUCCCCCCGGAGCUCAUUCCUCCAUCAACAAAGAAUUUCAAUAGCUCUAUUGAUACUGUCAAAUCUCUGCUCUCGCAAGACGCAGAAGCCAGGAAAUCGUCCGGCGCAUUCUUACAGCCACAAAAGACUGGCAUAAGCUAUUUGAAGGAUCAUUCGUUCCGCAGCAGCUCUGCGUCACCCAACUUUGGCCGCAAGGAUGCAACUGUUUUUCGCAAUAAUGACGAUGACGUUGGAUAUCGUUCGAGUGCCAGACGCCGCCUUGGACAUGGGGGUAGAACCCCUUCCCCCGCACCAUCAUCCGAUAUGGGAGAUAGUGUGUAUGAUGAGCUGACACCUGAUCAAAUCAGGAAGAAGAUUCGGGAGAAGAAGAUCUUGCUCGACGCUACUGACUUCCAAGAUGAACGACAAGCGGAUGAUGAUGAUGUCUUGGAUCGAAGAGACAGACGAGAGGCUGAAGAUCUUUUCAGGCAGAUCCGCCGAAUUCAAGACGAUAUCGAUACGCAUCCUAAUGCCGGAUUCGCUGGUGGUGAUACAGGCGCAGAGAGGAGGGCAAUGAGGAGGGAGCUGCAACGAUACCAAGAUCGCCUGCCAGCAUUAGCGUCAGAUGUAAGAAAGGUUGAGAAGAACAUUGCUGAAGCCAAGCUGCAACUUUUCCGCUUAAAAGACGCCAAAGCUCACCCGAACAGCGCCUCAAACAUUGUUGGAACUGGACCAAAAGGCACAGUCACUGAAGCCGACCGCAUUAAAGCGCGAGCGCGCGCCCGAAUGCAAGCUCGAGCUGCUGAACUUGCAGGGCGCCCUGCCCCUGCUGCUGAUGAUGAAGCUGGUGCACAAAGACGCCUAGAGCAAGAGAGUUCCAAGGUCAAAUCAGAACAAGAACGACACGAGGCCAUGACUCGAGAUGUUGAAGAGAGCGUAAAGGAUUUUGUUUCGAGCCUCGAAGAUGGGUUGCGAGAUCAAGGGGAGAACGCGACUCAGGAACACGAGCGCAGGAGAUGGGAGGAAGCUCUGGGUGUGGAAGAUGAGAUCAAAGAACUCAUCUAUGAUCUGCAACGGAGCAGCAGGACCGCGAAGAUUCGUAAAGAAGAACAAUCUCGCCCAGCCAGAAAAGCGUCUCGCGAUUACUCUCACGACGAAGCAACAUCAACAAAUGGCAACUUGCCGUCGCGACCAGCUCCAUCGUCAGCCCCUUCAGCCUCUCCCGUGACAACGGGCCAUUCGCAGCAGGAUCGCAUUGCGACUGCAAAGGAGAAGGCUCUGAAACGUAUCCAAGAGAGAAUGGCUGCAGCUGGGAUCAAACCAGCUGGGGAAUCUAGUGAAACUCCUCAGCAGCGCCAGGAACGUGAGAAGCAAGAAAGAGCCGAACGACUGCGCAAAGCCGAAGCCGAAGAUGCCAGGCGCGAGCAAGAACGACAGCAAAGACUCGCAAAUGAGGGGGUAACACCCCCGAGUCCGAAAGCUGAAAAGAAGCCGCCUCCUCCACCCACUCGAAAGCAAAGGCAAGAUAGUACAGAUUUCUCUGCGAAGAAAGCCGCCGAGGCAGCAGCGCGCGCCAAGGCAGAAGAAGAAGCGGCAGCACAGAUCAGGGCGGAGCAGGAAGCAGAGGCGCGAGAGCGCGAACGCUUGGAGGCCCAGGCCAAGACACAAGAAGACGAGCUUGAGAAGGAACGUGAAGCCGCUCAAGCCCGCUUGCGAGCACUUGAAGAGCAAGUCAAGGCGGGCAAGGUUAAGAAACAGGAAGAAAAGGCCCGAAAGAAAGCAGCAGAGAGAGAGGCCAAGGAGAAGGAGGCCAAACUUGCGGCGCAAAGAGCCGAGCUUGAGGCGGCUAGAGAGAGAGAACGGCAACUUCAACUUCAACUGGAGCAUCUUGGGGACGAGUCCUCGUCAGACGAAGAUGACGAGGGUCCACAACAGAUUACGCCCCAAGAAAGCACUCCGGCAACCAGCCAAUUGCUGACUGGCUCAAUCGCCUCACCACCACCAAGUACUACUGCUCCGGAGCCCUCUGCAAGCAGUGGUCAUGAGCCUACCCCGGUUUCCAGUCCACCAGCUGCUGAAGAAUCAAGGAAUCCGUAUUUCCGAAAACUUUCACAAACACAACCGUCAGAGAAUGGAAGGCCAGUCUUCUCCCCGCCCCCUAUCCCGCAGGCUCAGACAUUCUCACCUCCACCGGCCGCUCCUCAACCGCCUGCGCCGGCUGUGGAAAGUCUGCCGUCGACUAAUCCUUUCCAUCGAAUCGCCCAACAAGAGGCUGCUAAGCCAUUGACUCCCAGCUUUACUGGUGCCCAAUCACGACGUCGUCCCGAGGAGGACGAAUGGUCUGCUGCGGGCUCCGAGAAGGAUGAAGACAGUGACGACGAAGCCGAUCACCCCGGCGGCGGUUCCGCUAAGCACCUGGCUUCCAUUCUGUUUGGAACUAUGGCACCACCCAGGCCACUGUCCGCCAUGGAUAGCAAGCCCCAGACGCCCGUCCAAGAGCCGCCACCCAUUCCAGGUGCAUUUGACUCCGGAUCCGCUCCGCCACCUCCACCGAUCCCCGGGGCUGGAGCACCAACGGCACCGCCACCUCCCCCUCCAAUGCCGGACUCUGGUGCUUUCAACGCGCCUCCGCCACCUCCGCCUUUCCCUACUUCCGGCGCUCCUGGAGGGCCGCCGCCUCCUCCACCGAUGCCUGCUCCAGCCCGUGCUGGAACUGGUGAUAUUGGUGCUUUGCUGGGUGAGAUCCAGAAGGGUAAAGGACUGCGAAAGACUGAAACCAAGGACAGGAGCGCAAGUUCUGUUGCCGGUAGAGUCCUGGAUUAGAUGAGAGUUGGAAGGCAAUGAGAAAGAGAUGCUAGAGGAGGCGGGACGAGACAAUCAUACACCACAACUUAAACAUAAAUUGCACAUUUCUGUCGUUACAUAUCAUCAAAAUCACUGUUCAGUUGAACUUGUCCC